CUUGAGGAUUUUCCAAGCAGGAAAAAAGACUGCCCCAACCUUUUUGCUACCUCCCCAAUUGUCUCUAUGCCGACGCUGGUUCCAGCAAAUGUGUGAUAUGGGCGAGAAUGAGAAUUUGAACGGUAAGCCACGUUCUUCUUGCUCAUACCGAAUUGUGUACGUUGAUUUGUCCUCACGUCUGGUACUGGUUUUGUCCUGUUCUGGCCAUCCUCCAUAGAGGCUGCAUACGAGCUUGGCAUCGCACCAGAACCAGUAGCAAGAGCUGCCGGAGGGAACUGAGUUCCGGUGCUAAGAGUUUGCACUGCCGCUACUGUUUUAUACUUGGAAAGCUUUCCAACCGCCAUAGACGCUGUAACUGAGCUCGUAGUAGAACCAAGGGCAGAAGUGAGAAGUGCAUGUGGUUUAACCGCCGGAAUAAUCUGAGAGACUGACUUGCCAAUGCAGGGAUCUCCAUGAAACGUCGGAGGAAGCUAUUUCACGGUGAGAUAUGGUGCCAACAGGAAACGAAGCACCUUCCCAAAGCCACACCAUCCCCACUUCUCUUUGCCUUCAGGGAGUAGAAUAAACCCCCGCCUCCCUCCUCCACUGCACUCUUCGAUAGCCAAGUCCCAUGGAUGUUGAAGCUACUUUGACAGAGGAAGACACUGCAUGCGGUCCUGAUUUUCCGAAAGAAGCCCUUGCUAUUAACUGAGCUUGCCACCUCCUCUAUCGUCAACAGGAGCCAGAAAAUGCCUUCAUGACCCAAACGAACAGAGCGGACAGAGCCUAACCUGAAUGUCUCAAGAGGCAGCCUCUUCAUGCUGGAAUGGAUUUUAUGCAUAUGAUGACCAAGUUAAGGCCCAUUGUUCACACAUUUUUAAAAGAAGCAAGUGAGAUGUAUAUUUAUACAAUGGGUGACCGGGCCUAUGCGUUGGAAAUGGCUAAGCUGCUUGAUCCUCAAAGAGAGUACUUCAGUGCUAGAGUGAUUUCACGAGAUGAUGGCACCCAUAGACAUCAAAAGGGUCUUGAUGUCGUGCUGGGGCAAGAAAGUUCAGUUCUGAUUCUUGAUGAUACAGAAAAUAUGUCUCAAGAGGCAGCCUCUUCAUGCUGGAAUGGAUUUUAUGCAUAUGAUGACCAAGUUGUUCACACAUUUUUAAAAGAAGCAAGUGAGAUGUUUGAGAUGUAUAUUUAUACAAUGGGUGACCCGGCCUAUGCGUUGGAAAUGGCUAAGCUGCUUGAUCCUCAAAGAGAGUACUUCAGAGCUAGAGUGAUUUCACGAGAUGAUGGCACCCAUAGACAUCAAAAGGGUCUUGAUGUCGUGCUGGGGCAAGAAAGUGCAGUUCUGAUUCUUGAUGAUACAGAAAAUGUAAGUACAUUUGCAAUCAGCUUACCUUUAUAUUUGCUUAACCAGACUACUUAUAGUUGUUUAUGGUCAACGAUGCACUGUUAAAGAAAUCAGCUGUUAGAGGGUUUUAGGGACCAAAAAGUGGUAUGUUAACCUCGAUGAGGUAGUAUGAUUUUAGUUGAAUAGUGUUGCAUAAAAUAAAAUUAUCUAUUGAGAAUUCAACACGUGGAUAUGGAGCUUUUUUUCAACGUGCUCACUACUGCCUUAUCCAUUUGUAUUUGCGGAAUUAUCGGAUGAUUUCCUAAAAUGUAUUUAAAAUUGCAUAUUCUUAAAUU